UGUGUCACUUAUCAAUCAAUAACCCCACAACGAAAAUGUCUUCCCAAAUCUGUCCAGUGAUGUGUCUACUAUUAACUUGCCUCUUUGGCAGUUUAUUAACCCCGGUGUACACCUUUAAUUUUGCUCCCAAGCCCCAAGUGGUUAUUGGUGCGCCGCAAUUGAAAUUUUUCCAGCCACAAGUUCGCAGCUCAUAUUUUGGAUACUCCAUGGUUAUACGCCCUACAAGUCUAAUUAUUGGUGCUCCUCGUGCCCAAUCAACAUUGGAAUCACAACGAAAAAUCAAUGAAACCGGUGCCGUAUACCGCUGCACCUUCAAUGGUACACCAGAAUGCACUCCGUUUGUCUUUGAAAAUCGUGGAAAUAUCAACAUUGAACACAAUGAAUAUUCAUAUGAUUCGGAAAAACGCGAUUUCCAAUGGAUGGGCGCUGCAAUGGACGGCGGUACCAAGGAUACGGAUAAAUUAAUUGUCUGUGCUCCCCGUUUCAUUACGCCAGCCAUAAACGAUUAUCUGAUGCAUGGAAGAUGUUAUUGGAUCAACGAUACACUGUCCGCAACGCCACAGGGAAUACGCCAAAUUUCGCCACUCCGAGCAAGAGGAGAUCAAAUUAGGGACGAUGACGGCGAACGCUACUAUUAUUAUAUGUUAGCCGAGCAGGGUCUCAGCGUGCAUGUGACACCGGACAAUGAGGAAUUCCUAAUUGGUGCACCCGGUAUCCAUACGUGGAAGGGUUCGGUGAUACGUUAUCGUAAAAUGGAAAUUAACGAUGAGCCAAGCUUAAGUCGUCGUGACACCAGCCGAGUGUCACGAGUUGCACGCCAAACCCAUGUCAUCUAUGAAACAAAUAUUCCCAAUCCGAAUAAUUUCAAACAGGCCAGUGAUUCGUAUUUUGGAUAUUCUGUUGGAUCCGGUUAUUUUGAUUCGAACAAUCCUCAGAAACUUAUGUAUGUGGCAACAGCUCCACAAGCAGAUGAACAAUCAGGAGAGGCCUAUGUCUUCGACUAUAUAAGCAAGUAUAAAAUCGCCAAACACUUUGUCUUCCGUGGUAAACAGUUUGGUGAAUAUUUUGGUUACGCGGUGCUUGCCGAAGAUAUCAAUGGUGAUAAAUUGACGGAUGUUAUUAUUUCGGCUCCUCAAUAUACAAUCACUGGUUCAUAUGAUGAUGGUGCCAUCUAUGUAUUUAUUAAUCAGGGAAAUUUUAAUUUCGAACGCAAACUUAUGACCUCGCCAUUCCAUGGAAAAGCCCGUUUUGGCACCACACUUACCAAAUUGGGCGACAUAAAUUAUGAUGGCUUCAAUGAUAUUGCUGUUGGUGCCCCAUUUGCUGGAAAUGGUUCCGUUUUUGUGUAUAUGGGUAGUGAGCGUGGUCUACGAGAACAACCCAGUCAACGUUUGGACUACCCAGGCACAGAACAGUUGACCUAUGGCAGUGCCAUGUUUGGCCAUGGCCUAUCCAAGGGUUCAGACAUCGAUGAUAAUGGUUAUAAUGAUUUCGCUAUUGGUGCUCCAAACGCAGAAGUCGUGUAUCUCUAUCACUCGUAUCCAGUUGUUAGCAUUAAGGCUACCAUUUCAUCGCAAACCCGUGAAAUUAGUCCCGAACAAACAACAUUCCCCGUGACAGUAUGCUACAGCAUUGCUACCAAUUCUCGCAAAGUCAAAUCGCAGGAGUUGGCCCUAAAUGUCGUUGUUGACCCCCAGGUGAAACGUGUUCGUAUUAUAUCCACAAACACCAAUGAAUUGCAAUUCAAUGUCACUGCCACCACUACAACGCAAUGCAAAGUUGUUGACUGCAAUGUCCGCUUCAGCGUGAGUGACAUCUUCAAACCAAUCGAAUUGGAAUUGCACUAUCAAUUGGUACAUGCCAUUCCAAAUUCUGAAGUGUUUUGCGAAACUUGUGCCGCCGUUGAUCCUGCCGAACCCAAGACGUCCACCGAGAAGAUCAUCUUCAGUACAGGAUGUGCAACAGAUAUUUGUGUCGCCGAUUUGCAAAUGACACCUAGAUUAGAUCGCACAUUCAUACUGGGUAGCAGUCGAACAUUUAAAGUUUCCUACGAUGUCAUUAACAUGGGCGAAACUGCGUAUUUGCCACAAAUCAACAUCACCUCUUCAAAUCGUAUGCUAUUUGCCAAAAUACCGUCAAACUGUAAACACAAUAGCCAAGAUUCAAUGCUGCUAUGCGAUCUGAAUCACGGACAGCCUAUGGCCAAGGGCACAUCGGAUACAAUUACUGUGAUAUACGAUACCAGCAAUAUAUCGGGGGAGAAAAUGGUGUUAAUGGCUAAAGUCUUUAGUACAGGCAAAGAGCAGACUCCGGGAGAUAAUAUUGCCAGCGAUGUUAUAACACUGGCUGAAUUCACUGAAAUAUCAGCAGUGGGGGUGCCAAAAACCGAACCUGUCAUUUUGGAAGAACUCGCAGAUAGGGCCGAAAUCAUAAACUUCUAUGAGAUCAAAAGCAAUGGUCCCAGUACUGUCAGUUCUAUGCAACUUGUUUUUGAUAUUCCUGUGGCCUAUACCAUACCAGGUACCACAAAAACCAUACCUAUUGUCGAUAUUAACAACAUCACAAUGCUGGCUAUGUACGACGCACAAAUAAAGGAUGUCAGCUAUUAUCAGAACAAUACCCAGCUACUAAUGAAUGCGGUAGAGAAAAUGUCAAGUUUCUCGACACAAUUUACAACACAGGUUAAGACCGAGACUUCAAGCAGCAGUCAUUUCCGGACAAUGGAAGUGCAUAACGGUGGCGAAUUUACCGUCAAAGAAGAAUCAUUUGGAGAAUCAAUAUUAUCCAGUUUGUCACGACGAAGAAGACGUCGCGAAGCUGCUGCUUUAACAGCAAACAAGGAUCAGUAUGCCCGUAUUGCCCACGCCAAAUCAUUUGAAUUGUUGGGUGAAGACUUGAAGGGUAAAUUGCCGGUGAAUCGAACGAUUGUAUUUAACUGCAAUGAUCCCGAGAUGACAUUAUGUGUUCGUGCUGUUAUCCCUCUGUACGAUUUUAAACCAAAGAAACCCAUCACAGUGACCAUGAAAUAUCACGUCGAUCUGCAGGAAGUCAAUCAAAUCCUAAUUGAACCGUGGGAAUUCUUUGUGAUAGUGAUUGACGUCGGUGUCCAGAAAACGAAUGACCCCUUGGGUUCAACUUUGGCCAUAUCGAAGAAAAUCGAGUACAAUCUCAUAGCGAAACAUCAAUUGUACAGCACACCCUUAUAUGUCAUUAUUUUGGCCAUCAUUGGUGGCCUACUAGCCUUAGCCCUGAUAACAUAUGGCAUGUACAAAGCUGGUUUCUUUAAGCGUGCCAAAAAGGAGGAAAUGGAUAAGCUGGUACACCAAGCCCAACUGUCGAAUGACGGUGUUACCGAAACGUCGAACCUUAACACCGAAGACAAUUGAAA